GUAUGAAUCGCAGGCUCCUUUAAAACCCAGCGUUAACCCUAACCCUAGUCUCUACCAUCAUUUGCAGCUGCUCUCUGCGUGUGGACACUACUCAGGUAAGCCAUGGUUAAGCACAACAAUGUUAUCCCUAACGGGCACUUCCGUAAGCAUUGGCAAAACUAUGUGAAGACCUGGUUCAAUCAACCAGCAAGGAAGACUAGAAGACGGCAGGCUCGUCAGAAGAAAGCUGUUAAGAUUUUCCCCAGGCCUACUUCUGGACCUCUUAGACCUAUUGUUCAUGGUCAAACUUUGAAAUAUAACAUGAAAGUCAGAGCUGGUAGAGGUUUUUCUCUUGAAGAACUCAAGGCUGCUGGUAUUCCCAAGAAGCUUGCUCCUACCAUAGGCAUUGCUGUUGAUCAUCGCCGCAAGAACCGAUCUUUGGAAAGGCAGCAAGCUAAUGUGCAGAGGCUGAAGACAUACAAGGCCAAGUUGGUUGUGUUCCCAAGACGUGCACGCAAGGUCAAGGCUGGUGAUUCUACCCCCGAGGAACUUGCAAAUGCCACACAAGUCCAGGGUUCGUACUUGCCCAUUGUGAGGGAGAAACCAUCUGUAGAGGUUGUGAAGAUUACAGAUGAAAUGAAGGCAUUCAAAGCUUAUUACAAGCUUCGCCUUGAACGCACAAACAAACGCCAUUAUGGUGCCAGACUGAAGAAGGCUGCUGAGGCCGAAAAGGAAGAAAAGAAGUGAUGACCUUGAGAAGUUCGAGUUUGUAAUCCAUAUAAUAGUUGUUGCAAGACAAUUUUUGCUCGAGGAUUAGCUUUAUUAAGGACAUGCUUAAUCUCAAACGUGGAUCUUUUCGCCUAUUAUUAAUUAUUUCGUGCCCUGUUAUUCAAGUUUUUUGGUUUAAUUAGUCAUUGGUUUGUCUGGAUUAUUUCGUUGUUUUUGGUAGUUUUUAUUUUGUUCAUUUUCUGUUUUUUUAUUAUGCUAUAAUGACAAGUCUUUUUUUUAACCCU